CAGCCCUCAGCAAGCAACCUUGGAACUCUCCUCAAACCUCACACGACACAAAAAAGCACUUGCUACACCCAUCAUUAUUCCUACGCUUUUAGGACCGAUAUUUAUAAUUCAUCGAUUGUGCGUGCGCGCGGAGCACUCUCCGCACCAAGCCCACCUCGGCGAUGGCACCUUCCUAUCUCUUGGAAAUUCCGCGACCGAAGACGUUCCUCCACUCUAUAUCCCUCCGCACCGGCGCAGAAAUUAUCACUUUCCUCCAACUCAUCAACAAAGUCUCAGGCUUGUAUGGCCUCCUCGCUCUCCUGACGGGCGCUGAGCUCUCUGGCCUCCAGCUCUCCAUGUACCUUUACUCAUUCAUUGCGCUGCUUGCCACUCUAUGGCUGUAUAGACAUAUCCGGCUUCAGAGCCCGUUCCAGUGCCUGCUGCUAGCGCAUAUGUACGCGCUGGAUUCGGUCGUUAAUGCGAUGUACACGGCCUUCUUUGGCGUUGCGUGGUUCUACGUACUCGCGCAACAUUCAGACGACACGGCGGCUAUGCCGGGCGCACCAGGGGUAACGUCGAGCGCGGGAUUCACGAGCCCGAAAUACAAUGUUUCAAAGGCCGAGGUAGCUGUGGAGCCAACAGGGGGAUUGCCAUCGGGGCAGAACGCUGUCGCCGUCGGCCAAAGAAAUGGUUCUACUGGUCUCGGCAAUGCUGUCUUCCAGAGCGGAAGUAUCAUGAGUAUCACCUUGAUCUCAGGCUUCUGGGCGUUGAGGGUCUACUUCGUAUUCGUCAUGCUCGCUUUUGCGCGCCAAUGUCUCCGCCAACAUAUCGCUACGAACGCUUCCAGCAGCUGGUACACGUCCAACACGCAACUUGUACAUCCCCAGAAUCUCGCCGAGAACCCCUUCGAGGAGGGAAAACAAGAAGGACAUGGGUGGGUAGGGAAGCUCGGCAGGUUAAUGCUGAGUGGAGCGCCGCAAUACUGGCUCGGUUCUGAUGAGGAUGGUGAUUGGAUGAGGGGUGUUGGAGGCAAGUUUAGGAAGAACAUGGAGCCACAGGGUGUGGUCGAAAGGGAGCGGAGGAGAAGGUCAGGUACGGGACCUCCAGCACCGCCGAGGGAGUUGCGGGCACCGCAGUUGGCGGAUUUACAGGAAGUGAGAUCAUCAUAACCACUCUGUAAUCCAACGUAAAAUUCUUGGGGGUAUUGUUCUGAAAGGUGAAGGCUUGUUGUGUUGUAGGUUUGAAAGAGAGAUGCUGUAAUGACAUAAUCCUGGAGCAUGAAGGUGAAUUUAGUCGUUGGUUAUCUGCACUGGCGCCUGUACGAUACUACAUAUCUUGGAGUUUGGGGCUGAUCAUAUCCGCGCUUUGGAGCGGAGUAUCCUCGUUAGUUACUCCUGAUAGCACAGCAUGCACAGCCUUGCCUGUCAAUUGAAGCUGUUUGCAUUGCACC